AUGGGCAAAACCUUGGUUGCUACCAGAAACAUGGGAGAUGAGAUAGACUUCAUAGAAAGUGCAUCAACGGUUCGAUUGUAUAUAGCAAAGUCAAUCUUCAGAGGAUGUCCUAGACACAUAACAGCAGGGCCUAAUUCUAAAGAAGUACUUAUUGGAAGAGUGGAGAAUGCUAUGUAA